AUGUUCUCGCCAGUCAUGAAAGGGUUCGAGAAGUACUCACCAGAGGAGUUCAUCUUUAUCCAGGGAACAGCUGGACUGAUCGACACAGCUCAAAGACAAGUCAGCAUUACACUGACAACCAGGCCGAAUUCGGUGGAUCCGAAUCAUCAUGAGUCCUUUGGUAGCACCAGCACGGAAAAGACUCCAGCGCGGACUAAGACCCUGGUCUAUCAUGCUUUGAUCUUGGCAACUGGGAGCUCCACAGACUCGCCGCUUCUCUCUCUCCAUGGUCCCCACGAGCAGACGCUGGCCGCACUAGAUGACUUCCACAAGCGGCUCCGCGCCGCUGAUAGCAUCGUCAUCGUCGGAGGCGGCGCCUCUGGCGUCGAGACGGCAGGUCAGCUCGCAGCGUGCUUUAACGGCACGAUUUCUAAGCCCAUCCUCGCCCGGCUUGGGCUAUACAAAGCGGCCGACCCGCUCGCCGGCGACCCCCCUCCCAAACCCAAGACCAUCACUUUAGUAUCCGGGCAUGACAGGCUGCUACCGAGCCUGACGCCCAAACUAGGUCGCAAGGCGGAGAAGAAGCUGCAGCACAACCACGUACACAUCCUCCACAACCUCCGGCUGAUCGCAGCGACGGAGGCGGCGGAUGCAGGGCAGACGGCGUGCCACCUAAACAACAACACGACCAUCACAGCAGACGUGUUCGUCGCGUGCACGGGGGUCAAACCCAACACGUCGUUCCUGCCUUCGAGACUUGUCGACGCUGCAGGCUACGUCGCGACGCACCCCUCGACGCUACGCGUAGAGCAGCCAGGCGUCGGGCCCCGUGUUUACGCCAUCGGCGACUGCGCUGCAUACAGCAGGAACCGCACCGUCGACGUAUACGACGCCAUGCCGGUGCUGAUGCACAACCUGCGCAACGACCUGAUCGCCCAUGAACUGCGCCUGCAGUACCCGCCGGCGGGCGAGGGCACCGGCUUGCAGGACCGCCUGGAGGAGCUGGUUGACAAACACUUCUCGCCCAAUCCAAAGGAUACGCUGCUCAUGCCAUGCACGAAGAGGGGUGGCGUGGGGAUCUGGUCAAACUUCAGAGUUCCCAGCCCGCUUGUGUAUUUGAUGAAGGGGAGGAAUUAUAAGGUUGGCAAGGCGAAGGGUGUGGUGGAGAGGGGGGCUGAUCCGUAUAGUCUGGGAGAAUAG